CUAUGGCGGGGGCCUGGGCUUCGGCCUCGGCGGUGCUCCUCGUGCUGGCCCUGACGCACCUCGGCGAAGCCGUGGUCUAUUUCCAGGAGGAAUUCCUAGAUGGAGAUGGUUGGAAGAAGAGGUGGUUGCAAUCCACACACGACCCCAACUUUGGCAAGUUUAAACUGUCAGCAGGAAAGUUUUAUGGUGAUGCUAUGAGAGAUAGAGGUCUUCAAACUACUGAGAAUUCAAAAUUUUAUGCCAUCUCAUCACGAUUUAAACCAUUUAGUAAUAGAGGAAAGUCUUUGAUUAUUCAGUAUACAGUAAAACAUGAACAGAAGAUCGACUGUGGUGGGGGCUAUGUUAAGAUAUUUCCCUCAGAUGUGGAUCCAGAGAACUUGAGUGAAAACUCAUAUUAUUACAUUAUGUUUGGCCCUGAUAUUUGUGGAUUUGAGACAAGGAUCACUCAUGUUAUUUUAAGUAGCAGGAAUAAAUAUAUUUCAAACAAGAAAAGAAUCAGGUGUAAGGUGGAUGGCUUUACCCACUUAUACACUCUGAUUUUAAGACAAGAUCAAACAUACAAAGUGAGAAUUGAUGCUAAAUCUGUUGCAAGUGGCAACAUAAAUGAUGACUGGGAUUUCUUGUCACUUGGUAAAAUCAAAAAUCCUUCAUCCAAGAGACCUGAAGAAUGUGCUGAGAGGACCCAUGCUGAAAAUCUGAGUGGUGUGUGCAAAGAACGUGACUUUUUUUUGGAUAUGAUUGGCCAAAAGACCAGUACCGUUGAGUUACCUGGAAAAUCAAUGAUCCAGAAUCCUCUCUGCAAAAAUGAUUUGAAGCCAGAAAAUACUGAUGAUCAAAGUUAUAAUGAAGAUUGGCCCCAAUCGGAGAUGAAAAAUGAAGAACACGUGACAGACUUUAAUAAUGCUAUAUACGAGAACAUUGGUGUCAUUGGAUUGGAGCUCUGGCAGGUAAGAUCGGGGACCAUCUUUGAUAACUUUUUGAUUACUGAUAGUGAAGAAUAUGCCAAAGAUUUUGGAGAGCAGACCUGGGGAAGAACAAAGGGCCGAGAAAGAGAAAUGGACAGAAUCCAAACUAAAGCAGAAUUAGAAAAAGCAAGGCAGGAAGAAGAUGAAUUCUUUAGGGACCUGCGUAAAACAGGAUUUCCAAAGAAAGAUGAGCUUUAAAUGCAUUGUUUGAAGACGAGCUUCCUCUUCUGUCUUAACGUAUAGUUAGCAUUUUUUCGAAUCUACGCGUCUACAGGAGAUCUAAUUUAUGUGACAAAGAUUGUAAAAAAAAUUAAUAAAUCUGAUGCACUUUGGUGAAGUCAGUAACAUUUUCUUUUUCCAGACUUUUCCUGUUCGCCAAGAUGUUUCCUGUAAAUCAGUAUGUCAGAUUGAAACCUGAGUUCAGUUAGAGUCUUGCCAAAAAUGUGGAGUUUGAUUUUUCAAGUCGUUUCUGAAAGCUGGAAUUGAGAAAUGCCUGUAAAAGAGAGUAUUGUUUUACCUCCUUCCUGUUAUUGUUAACAAAUGUGAUACAUUUGCAAUUGGAAAUCUUGAGCACACAUCGUUGGGAGCUUUCACUUUUUACAUUUGAUUUGUCAUGGGGAAAUCUAGUCUUUGAAAACCAGCAUUUUAAACGUGCAAUAAAUAUUUCAGUGAUUUACAUUAUACAA